GGCCACACGGACGGGGGACAACAACAGAGUACACUGUACACACCUCCGUCACAGCCGCCGCCACCUGGCGCCGACGAUUCCGACUUCCUAGCCCCAAUUCAGUGUUCACAGGCCACAGCGUUCUCGUGAGACGUCGAUUGUAUGGUGCUCUGUUUCUUUCGUACGAAAUUUCGCGCGCCAUUUUUCCCGAAUCAUUUUAUUUCUUUAUGACGCCAUAAAGACGAUUGCAUUAUGGGCACUCUGGACAAACACUGCACCGGCUACAAAAUCGACGACGUGUUCAAGUCCAACGCCCUAGUAGACAUCAGGGCUUGCAACAAGCCCGUGGUUAAGUUUUGUGUGCUUAAAUUUUUCUAGUGUUUUGUUUUUGAAAUGCAUGAUUUCCAGAUAUUAUUUUAACAGCAUACUAUCAAGAUGACAAAUAAUACGUCAUUAUUCCGCGGAGUACGUAGUUCAAAGUUUCGUCAUGUAUACGGAUCCCCGUCCAGGCGAGAAGAAUUGUAUGACAAUAUACCUAUCACACGUAAUGCUCAUGAUUCUAAUUUUUGUGCUGCCAACCCAAAAUUUGUUGCCAUUGUGACUGAAGUAGCUGGUGGUGGAGCAUUUGUAGUACUACCAAUCAAUAAGACUGGUCGUUUAGAUUUAAAUACGAGCAAAGUUACUGGCCAUAGAGGUCCAGUUUUGGAUGUAAAAUGGAAUCCAUUCAAUGAUAACAUAAUUGCUUCUUGUUCUGAUGAUUGUACUAUUAAAUUGUGGUAUAUCCCAGACAGUGGUCUAAGUUGCAACUUGAAUGAAUGGCUGAUAGAGUUAGUAGGACAUCGUCGCAGAGUGGGUUACAUUGAAUGGCAUCCAACUGCAGAGAAUGUCAUAGCCAGCUCUGGUUUUGAUUAUAUGGUUAUGUUAUGGGAUGCGGGAACUGGUCAAAUUUUAAAUACAAUUGAUUGCCAUCCAGACAUUGUGCAUUCAUUAGCAUUUAAUAGAGAGGGUACCAGAUUAGCAACAACUUGCAAAGACAAAAAAAUUAGAUCAAUUGAUCCUAGAUCUGGAUUAGUAGUUUCAGAGGGAAUUUGUCAUGAAGGUUCACGUUCGUGCAAGGUAAUUUAUUUAGAUAGUGAACGGUUAUUGACUACAGGUUUUUCAACAUACUCCGACAGGCAAAUAGCUAUUUGGAAUCAUACUGAUUUAUCAGAACCUUUGCACCGUGUCAAUAUUGAUUCAUCGUCAGGAAUCUUAUUCCCAUACUAUGACUAUGACACAAGAAUGGUUUACUUAGCUGGAAAAGGAGAUGGGAAUAUAAGAUAUUAUGAAAUAGUUGACGAAUCACCAUACAUACAUUUUUUAAAUCAAUUUAUAUCCGGUUGCCCACAGAAAGGAUUUGGAAUGAUGCUUAAACGUGGCUGUAGUGUGAGUCGUUGUGAAAUUAUGCGAUUUUAUAAAUUACAUACUACUCGUAAUGUCUGUGAACCAAUUUCAAUGAUUGUUCCAAGAAAGAGUGACCAGUAUCAACAUGACUUGUAUCCUGAUACGGCUGCUCCAGUACCAGCAUUGAGUGCCCAAGAAUGGUUUAAUGGAAUCAGCAAACCACCAGUUUUAAUGUCAAUGAAAACAGGGGUUUCAGUGAAAACACAUAAGCCUCAAGCAUUUGUUUCCAAUGAAGCCACACGCAAUGACACCAAUUAUCGUAUGAAAUUUGCCUUUCUCUCCAAGGAAACAGUCCCUGAUUAUCGACCACUAGAUAUGUUGCCAGAGAUUGAAAAAAUCCAAAAGACUCAAGUUAAUCAAAAUACGAGAUUUCAACAAAUACAACAGAAAUUGAGUAAUUCAUUAGUAGGAAAAUUCACUAACAUGACUGAUGGAGAUGAAGAAUGCAACAAUAUGAAGGAAAACUCAAAUUACAACGAUAAUUUAAAAAAUGAAUAUCAAAUGAAAAAAGCUUUCACUCGUCAAUGUGAAGAACUAAACAUGCUCAGAAAGCAAUUAGCCCACAGAGAUCGGCGCAUUCAAGAUCUCGAAGAUCUCGUUUCCACACUUCAAUCGCAGCUUAAAGUUCAAAGAUUACAGUAAUCGGUAGAUUAUUGCCUGGUGCAAUUUUAUCUCUCUAUAUAUAUUUUUUAAUACUUUUGAGCUUAUGUCUUUUGGCUAAAAGUAUGGCCCAAAGAUUAUAAAACCUAAUUGAGUAAUUAUCAAUCAAAUAAGCUUUGAGCUGCAAUUGUUUUUAAACUAAGAACCAAAUUCAGGGUUGAGACUAAAUGUCUGGAGAAAAAAAUACAUUUCUUUUUUGCACCCUAUAACUUCUGUGGUCAAAUAAUAAUUUUAUAAUUUUGCAUUUAUGUGUUUGCAUAACCUAUAAUUUUUUUUUAAAAUUAGGUUAUCAUUUGACAUUUAUAUAUUUCUGCUAAGCGAUGUAUGUUUUUGCUAGUAAUUGAAUGUAGUUAUAUUUUGUUGCGAGAUAAAAUGCAAAGAAAUUGAGGUGUCAUAUCACAUAAGAAAAUGUGUUUCUUAAAUAUAAAAUAUAUAAAAGAGAGUGUUAAAGUGAAAUCUGAUUGAUUGUAUAUUUUAAUAAAUCUAAAAAAAUCAGUCAAUAUUAUAUGUUUAUACUCAGUUCAAAGUGAGAAAUGCAAAAGGCGGCCGAUUUGUGCGUAGGGGCUUGGCAAUACUAGAAGACAGGUAUAUAGAUUGGUGAUUUAUUGAGGGGAGGAGUGAUAAACGGGUGUUACCUGAUUGCCGCAGAUAAAAACUGGUCGCCGCCUAUUGUGUUUCUUAUUUUGAUCAGAGUACCUAUAGUUUUAUUAUUUAGUAAUGUUAAAAGACUUUAUUUGGUUAAACUUUAAGAACAAUUAUUAUUAAUUUACUAGCAGCUAAAAGUUUUGAGAAAUGUCCUUUCAUUUUGGUUACUGUUAACAAAAAUCAAAUCAUCAUGGCAUAUAUAUUUUGUUUUGUUUUAUUUUGUUUUGUUUUAUUAUAUUGUUUGAGGAAUAAACAAUAAUUAUAAUUUACUGUGACGUUAAACUUAAGAUGUAUUUUUUCUGUCUUUAUGCGAGAUGUCCUCUUAAUCAUUUUGAUUAGGUAAUGUCCAACACAAUUAUUUUAUAUCACAUUGACCAAAAAUUAAUUAUUUAAUAUAGACUGAACAAAUAAAAAACAAAUGCUCCAAUAAUUACAAUAAUGUUAGUACUAUACAGAAAUUUAAGUAUAUAGUAUAUACUUAUGUAUUAUAUUAUAUUUAAGUUUUUCUUACAAUGCUACAAACUAAAUAAGGUUUAUUCUGUUAAUGCUUUAAUAAGAUUUUCACUGCUUUUGUUUUGUGUUUUAGAAAGAUAUAGAGAUUAAUUUCAGAUAAAUUCAUGUUUCUGACAGACAAUUCUAUUUUGAAAAUAAUAUAUUACAUACUUUUUAUAUCACGUUGUUUGAAUUGUAAUAAGUCUAUAAAACUAUAUAAUAUGCACAAUCAGGUUAGGCGAAAUAACUGCCAAUGUAUUUCACAUGAUAUCAUUAUAAGAAACUGAUUGUCACAUAUUUUAAAAAAUGUAUUUUUAAAUUCUGCAAUAACGUUAAACCAUAUUUGAUAUUAUAUAGUCUUAAUAAAUCUGUAUUUUUUCUACAAACAUGAAAUUUAGUUUCGCCUGAUGUGCUAUUAAAAUGUUGUCUUAUGUCAUUAUUUAUUUUUGUGAAAUGUAAUGUAACUGUUACAUGAGUUUAGUACGGCAGAUUGAUUUAUGUAUACCUAAGUUUAAUAUAAUAUUGUGCUUUAAUUUUUUUUUUCAUGCGGUUUUAGAUGUUUAUAAAUAGUGAAAAUAAUUUAUCGAUACAAUUUGUUUGAAAGUUAAUCGGUUAUUAAAAUUCUAAUAGUUAAUAUUUUUAUAAAUUAUCUAAUAUAGUCAACCUCCGUUGACGGUUCACCUCUUAAUAUUGGUCGUUGUCUAAUUCCUUCAAUAGAAGUUCUAUGGACAUUUUACUGUACCUCUAAAACCGCACGAAAACAAGUGAUGGGGAUGUGCAUAUUUUAUUUUAUGAUUAAAUUAUUAAGUUUUUUGGUUUGACAAUUAUUAAGUUUUAUUUUUUAUUAUUUUGCCUACAUAAGAUAACAACAUCCACUUUUGUUCUAUAACAGUGUGUUCAUACAGUCUAUUAAUGUUUUCUUGUAUAACAAUUAAAUUUGAUUUGAUUAAUAAUCCAUUUUUAUAUGCGCUCUACAAAACAGCUAGUAUCUGAGGACGUCAAUACAAUAUAUUGACAAGUUUUAAUUUUUAUUUGUUUUCAAUUUUUUUAUUAUGUUAAAAUAUGUUCAAUGUUGUACUCACAUUCCCAUCAAUAUAAUAUACGCUUUGAACAAAUAAAUAAAUAGAGUUUGUACCUGUAUUUGAUGUUUUGCUACUAUAAGCUACAUUUUUUUUUUACAUUUAUAUUUAAAUAUUACAUGAAACAUUAAUAUAUAUUUUUAAUUUUUGCUUGUAUAGUUAUAUAUAUAUAUAUGUAAAACAUAAAUAUGUA